AUGUCAGUCCCUUCUUCCGCUCCGGUUGAUCCCUCGCCCACUACCCUGGUGACACCUGCGCCCGAUGCCCCUCAUGAUUCGGGUCUUCUGCAGUCCCUGGUUGCUGGCCGCUGCCCGCUCAGCCAACAGCCUGCCCACGUUGAAACUGCGCCUCUCACUGCGGCUCUUCCUCCCUCGUCUUCCCCAUCUCCUCCUCCUCCCCACACCAUCAUAGAUGCUAAUACCGCCAUCACUCCGGCACCCACUCUCACUCCCACUACCACUCCACCUGCGAGCCGGUUAGAAAUUCCGGAUGUCUCAUUCCCUCUUAAACGGACAAAUACUGCUCCUGUUCGAGGCUCCACUCCCCUAACUUCCCCACCUGCUGUAUCCUUCGCUUUCUCAUCCUCCUCCUUUCGCCCCCAGAGCCCUCAACUGUCUGAGAGAGAAAGCAUCUUUGCCACGCAUUAUUUGCCCUCAGACAACGAUGUAAACAAUACGCAGGCAAGAGAGGACUCGUGGAGACCUGCCUCCUCUAUUCUACGCCAACAAUUGUUACGGGUCAGAUCCGCGGGGAAACUGGAACAAGGUGGACAAUAUUCGCAGCAGCAGGCGGCUGCGAAGCGUGGAGGACAAACAUCUAGGAAGAAUAUCAGUAUCAACAACGACGAUAACGAAAACUACAACGAUAAUAACAAUAAUCACUAUUUGCAAAUUUCUAGUUGCUGGCAAGAUGGCGAUGCCCCUGCUCUGUCCACUGACCCCGUGCGGAAGGAAAACAUCCAACCAAACACUUGUACCAAUACUACUAACAGUAGCUCUUCUUCACCUGUUUCUUCCUCUCACCUGCGCCCUUCUCACCCUCACUCUUCUGCCCCAACCCUCUUUCCGAUGAUUAGUACUCAUAUUGUGCAACACCCUUGCGGUGUUGCCGGCAGUAGCAGCAGCACCACCACCAGAACUGGUGGUGAAAUUGACCGACCAAAAGAUACACUCUUCCAUUCACCUCCACGGACCACUAAUUCGACAUUCGCAAAGCCAUCAUCAUCGUUCACAGGCUUUCCCAGAGCCAAGACCUGGGAUUCUCUCGAAGCUAUUCCUCUUCUGCUCCCCAAUCCUCCCAACAAGGUUAAACCUACCUCCGUAUCUACCACUCCCACCAGUACUACCGCCAAAAUGCCAAGUUCGAGCUCCUCAAGGUUAUUUGACGGAGAAAUUGGCACGGCUCAAUCAGCCCAUUCCCACUCCGUAGAGUUGUCUGACCCGUUACAAUCAUCCUCAGAUCCCCGUCGUGCGCGCCCUCCACUCCGUAGUUUGAGCAAAGGUCGCCACACGCGCCAGGAUACCUCAAUCGAAGCUAAUCUGGCCCAUGCUGAGCCGGCUGCAAAUGUUCGGAGCCGGAAGUCAAGCCACUACCUAGGUCUGUUCAAGGAGAAUACAAAAUCUCCAGAAGGUAAGAAGCGGGAUGAGCGGCUUGUAGAACGUGCCGUCAGGACCAAGGACCGUCAACUUGGCCUUGGGGAUUCUACUUUCGAGCGGGGAAGAUUAUUUCCUGCUGCUGAGGGAUCUUCACGAUCUCAGGUUUUUCUUCUCCCUCCAGAUGUAUCAGAACCGCACCAAUUACACAGAGAGAAAGAGGAUGACGAGGAGGGUUCCCAUGGUGAUGACGAAGAUCGUGGUGAGGGUGAUGAUGGUGAGGUAUUCGAUUCCAGUUCUGACACCACUCCAACACUUCGCACGACGCGUUCCUUUACAAUCGACAGCCCCGAAGAAAAACCCCACACAGACAGGUGGAAGAAAACCCCCGCUGAGCUCCUUGAAAAGACUAAGAGUUACCGUGGUUUUGUUUCUAAAUCGGCAAGCAGCUUGCCAACCCCGAUCAUGGAUCGGGGUUCGCCCUUUGUUUUCGAAUCGGAUUCCGCGUUCGAGAGUAAUUCCCCUGAAUCUGAUACGACUCAGCAACUGACACGGGACGGUUCUGAAAGCUAUGAGGACGAGGAACGCAUCUCGUCUGCCCUGUAUUUCCCUCAUCAACUUCCUGAAUCGGAGGAUACCGAAGAGCAAGCCCAAUCCCCUGAAGAGCCUUGCGAGAAGGAGAUGAAUCGGUUAACUUUACAGGACGAGGCCCAUGAGGGCGUGCCAGUUGAGCCAUCAAAUCACGUGGAUAUAUCGUUGCAUUCGGAUACUGACACUCGUAUUCUCCAUGGAAAUGUGCCUGUUACUGUCCCUGAAAGCAAAAUAGGAGAGAAGAGAGAACGCCAAUUGACUACAAUUUCUGAGCUGGGGACGGAGUCGAUGUCUGAGUCUGAACUCAGCUCAGUGGAUGAGAGUGGGCUCUCUGCGCGUGAAGAAGAGACUGGUGUGACUGGGUUGGCUGGUGGUGCUGCUUCUUUUUCUGCUGCACGACACAAACAUAAAUACACACAUUCACACUUCCACUCACGCAAAUAUGCCCAUGAGCCUACUGUGCCAUUGGGUGCAGUGGAGUUGAAGCCAUACCGCCAUCAAGUUGGGGGUCACAGUACUGUGUUCAGAUUUUCCAGACGUGCUGUCUGUAAGCAGCUCAAUAACCGCGAAAAUGAAUUCUAUGAGAGAAUUGAGCGCAGACAUCCAGACAUGCUGCCGUUUCUUGCGAGGUAUAUUGGAGUUCUCAAUGUGACGUUCUCCAAAGGUCCUAAGAGAUCAAAGAGUAAACCUGAUGGGAGCGCCAUUGAAAAUGGAAGCGCAACAACUUCCUCUAAAGACGCUGUUGGGAAAGCUUCUCAGACUUCAACUGAAACAAAGGACACGGAAAGUCAGCGGAUUUUCAGCCAAUCUCAAGUUACAGGAGUGGUUCCAAAGGUGAUACUCGAGAAUAACCGGCAUAUUAUCCCGGUAGAUCUAUUCACAACUCCUACCAUUCCAGAAGGGAGAGGAGGUACCUCCGAUGCCCAGCAGGUAGUUAGCCAGGACGAUCCCUCGCUCAAGCUGGCACCAGCGUCAUCCACUACUAACCCCCCACUAAAACGACAUGGAGCAAGCUGGGGCGCGACAACUGUCAAUACAAAGCUCCAGGAACAGGUUCUCCGCGAAGUUUUCGCGCCCCCGCCCAUUUACCAUCACCGCCGCCAUCCUCACGGUCGUCACUCAAUGUCCAGACUGCGGUCUGACAUCUCACAGCAACGCAAUCAUGGAUCAAUGGAACGGCCAUCUUUUCAAGGUGAUAGCUCCGCGUGUACCAUCCGCCAAGGAUCUCUGCCUCCACUUCGAAUGAACCGCGACGAGGACAAGGAUGCUGAACUGUCGUCAUCGGCUUCCACCGUCGUGAACGGGGAGAUGCACCCGCUUGAGAAAGUUUAUACGGAAGAUGGACCCCAGCGUCCCAAGAUCCUAAAACCCGUCACUUCUCGUCGUAUGCGUCGCCGCCAUUCGGGUGGUGGGCUCGGAAGGAAACGGAGUAUGAGCAAUAGCCAAUCUGGAGAGCUUAUUUACUUUGACGAUGAAGGGUAUGGUGGAGACAAAGAAGAUGAUAUCUUCCAGAUGGAGCCAGAAGCUCCGUCAAUCCCUACGCCGGCAUCAUCAUCUUCUUCUUCCCAACAUGUCACAACAGCAGGGCUUGUUCCUGCCAAGGUUUCCCCUGCUGAGCACACUGAGCCCAAUCCAGAGUCUCCCUCUUCGCAUGAGAUCAAGGAACUCCCAAUCUCACUUAGUACUCCCGCUGGUAUACCUGUGCGUCUCCCUGUAAAUCCCAAAGAGGCCCAGACAACGCGCGAUGAGCGUAAUCAGUUCUUCCUGCUUCUUGAGGACCUCACUGCUGGUAUGAACAGGCCCUGUGUACUGGAUUUGAAAAUGGGAACGCGUCAGUACGGCAUCGAGGCAGACGAGAAGAAGAAGAAAUCCCAGCGACGCAAAUGCCAGACAACCACGUCACAACAACUUGGCGUUCGCCUUUGUGGGAUGCAAGUUUGGAAUGUGAAGAACCAAAAUUAUUUGUUCGAGGAUAAAUAUUUUGGCCGUGAUCUUACGGCUGGAAGACAGUUCCAGGACGCGCUUACGCGGUUCUUGUAUGAUGGUGUUAGUUAUUCCAGCGUUACAAAGAAGAUUCCUAUCAUCCUUGAUAAGCUUGCUCUGCUGGAGAGCAUGGUCCGAAAACUCCCCGGCUAUAGACUUUACGCGAGCAGCCUGCUGAUUCUAUACGAUGGGGAAAAGGGUGGAAAGGGAGCUCAGGAGCAAAAACUAGAUGACGCCAAGGGUGUGGAGGCCGAUACUAGCAGCAAAUCCAUAUCAUCGGCGGGUAAACCGAAGAAAGCAGGAGACAACGACAACAGCAACAACAGCAGCAAGCAGUCCCGUACAUCCGAAGAAGCCAGCAAUAAUAGUAAUAACAACAGUUACGGUCUGCGCGUGAAAAUCGUCGACUUCGCCAACUGCAUCACGGGCGAAGAUGGCCUUCCGCCCAACGCGCCCUGUCCACCCCGCCGGCCCCAUGAUAUCGAUCGUGGCUACCUUCGUGGCCUGCGGUCGUUGCGCAUGUAUUUCCAGCGCAUAUUGAAGGAGAUUAAUGAUGAGGAUUAUGUGGAGCGCGGCGAGGGGGAGGGAAUGGCGUUGGGCCCUAGGGGUACGGCGCGUGGGGAGGAGGAAAAUGGGUUCUGGGAGGAAGGGGUUAUGGACCUGGAUCCUGGGGAGGUUAGUGUUUAG